CUUUUUUUUUGCAGAAAUAAGUAACCCAAGUGUAAUUUUCUAAGGGAAAAGAGUAAAUGUUGAAUAGAAAGUAGAAAGUUAUUUGAAUGGGAGUAGAAAAGUUUGAAAAAGAUUAGCAGGAGGAUUAAAUUGAAUAAUAAUACUAAUUAAAACUGUAGUGAAAACGCUUUUCUAUUUUGCUUCUUUUUCUUUUCUUUCCAUUUUUUUUUAUAUGCGACAGAGUUUUUCCAUAAACUGUUUCUAGGAACUUAUUUGAGCUAAAGAAAAGCAAAAAAAGUAAAAAGUAAAAAAAUAGUUCUUAUCCAAAUCAAAGAAUUUGUCAAGAACUAGCUAUAUUUCCUUUGUCUUGCUUUCCCUAUUACCUACCAACCACAUCGCUACCUCCUAUGCCCAGAGCCCAAAAAGGAUUGUUGUUGGUGGAGUGCGAUCCAACUGUCAAACAACUCAUUCUAAAUAUUGACGAAAAGUCACCUGGAAUCGUUAUUGAAGAAAUCGACGACGAACGUCUUCUCGUAAACGAGCAUCGUCUGGAACAAAUCAAGGCCGAGCUUGAACGUCGUCUGGAGGAAAAUACAUACCAAGUUGAGGAUUAACUGUUGUUUGCUUUUGGUAUCAUAAAAAAAAAACUUACUCAAUUUCUUUUCAUUAUAUUAUCUAUUCUAUAACGCAAAACAUUUUGCAAACAACCAUUCCUAGUCGUAGAAAACGUACAAAAGUUAUUGUAGAAGAUUAAAAAGUGUCAAAGGAUGGUUA